AUGUCUCUAUCUUCAUCAGAUAUAGAUCUUAUAACAUCAUUGCAAUUUGCACAAAAACAACUAUAUAAAUUUCUUGGCCCAAUAUUAAUUAGUUUUGGUACUAUAAGCUGUAUAUUAAGUUUACUUAUUUUUACUAAAAAAAAUCUACGAAAAAAUCCAUGUGCAAUUUAUAUGAUAGUAUUUCAUAGUUCUAGUUGUGCAUAUAUAUGUACAUCAUUAGUAUCUGUAACACUAUCAAGUGGUUAUAAUAUAAAUCCUACUUCAUACAAUUUGAUUUAUUGUCGUUUUAUUAUAUAUAUGACUAUGGUAUGUGAUAUUUUAUCACCAUGUUGUUUAAUAUUAGCUUCUAUUGAUCGAAUAUUAGUUACUUCAUCAAAUGCUAGAACAAGACAACGAAGUUCUUUACAUCUUGCUUAUAUAUGUUCUAUUAGUGUAGUAGUAUUUUGGAUAUUAUUGCACACUCAUGCAUUCGUUUAUGUCAAUAUUGUAGAAUUUGCACCAAAUUAUGAUAUUUGUUAUUUUAUUCCUGGUAUUUAUUUUACAAUUAUAGCUUAUUAUUCACUUAUAGUCAAAGCAAUUCUUGUUCCUUUACUCAUGUUAGUUUUUGGUUUGUGGACAUUUAAGAAUAUCCGAACUAUGCAUCAUGUUAGAGUUGUUCCUAUCAUACAAACAAUUAAAACAUCAGCUGUUAGAAACACCCAUACGCUUCCUUUAAGAGAUCGUCAAUUCAUUCGAAUUCUUAGUAUUGAUACAACCAUCUAUAUCGUCUGCAGCAUUCCAUUAACAAUUACUGUUAUGUAUCAACAAGCGACUCAGUAUGAAACAAAGAGUAUUGCUCAAAGUCAAAUUGAAACUUUUGUUACAUUCUUUAAUACCAUUAUUGGUUUCAUUCCAUAUUGUAUUAGUUGUUACACAAAUUUACUUGGGUCAAAAACAUUUCGACAUGAAUUUAAAGAUUUAUUUAUGCGUAGAUAA